AGAGAGAGAGAGAGAGAGAGAGAGAGAGAGAGGUCAGUCGUGAUGAGCGGAGAUUGACUCCUGGUGACGCAAAGAGAGACCGAGCAGGGUGAAAGGAGGAGGCAGACAGAAUGGCUGCCCGGUGCCGCAGCUCCAAAUGCACCGUAGAAAGGAACGGAUUCAAGCGGGAACUCGAUACCUGGCGGCACAAACUGAUCAACUGCGUCGGGUUCGAGAGCAUUCUGGAGGGAAUCUAUGGCCCGUUGCUGCUCAGAGACCUCAAUAUUUUUGAUGACUGUGAACCCGAGGAGCUAGAGGACUGGGCAGUGAAGGCCAGUUGUUCCUUCUGCAGCCUGCUGAUCAAUGACCAUGUCCCAGUGGCCGCCUCCCCCUCAGACGACACGCCCUCCCAAGCCCCUUCCCUCUCAGACAGCAGCCUAUCAGCUCACAGGUUCCUCCACGCUGUGUUCCAUAAGAAAGAGCUGGCGUCCAGUGGAGACCCUAACGUCCCUCUGGUGGCCCAGGAACUGAUGAAGAGGAUGGUGAGGCAGUUUGCCAUGGAGUACGCCUCCAAGACACGCCUUACCACCACCACAGGCUCCCAGCGUUCUGACCUCGACUCACCUCUAGACCUCACUGUGACACGGAACCAGGAGGAGGAACCCACACCAGCGGACAGUGUGCUCGACCUCUCCAAGCGGAACUCUGCCAGCUCGGCCUCCACGUCACCCACCAUUCACAAAGCCUCAGGCUCCCUGUUGCCCCCUGUUACGGAUGAACCCCAGAGGGAAGCAGAGGAUGCUGGGAUGCCCGAUGCCCCAAGUGGGAGGAGUUCUGCUCUGGAAGCGGUACGCUCCACGUUAUGCCCCGCCCAUCGCUCUCUGCUCCAGCGAAUCCUGAGGCUCGCCCACCAGCAGCACCGUCUAUCAUUGGCCUACAGGGACGCCCAUCGCCGCCUCGUCCCGCCCCCAGACCCUCUCUGCGGCCACCUGGUGGCCAAACAACAGGACGACACUGCCUCUCCUCCUUCCUUCACUGGCUGUUGGAGCCGUAGUGGAGCCACGCGUCCGACUGACUGGAAGACACCAGGUGGUCCAGGCUGUUGCUGCUGGCUGCCUCCUGUCUGUUUCUGCCUCCAGAGCCUCCGCUGCCUGUCCUGCCAGAGCCUGUCCCUGGGACACAUCACCACUGGGGUUCGCUCCUCCUCUUCUCUGUGCUCUUUCACGUCCUCCUCUUCUCGUUCAUCCUCCGCUCUGUGCCCUAAUCCCUCAGUCUGUCCCGUGGCCUCUGUCUGUUGCUCCAACCCCCAGCCCUGCACCUCCUGCUGCUCAGAACACACCUACCUGGCCCCGGUCAGACACACAGCCCCGGGAGGAGGAGGAGGAAGCGAGUGCCCUGUCCUCAAGAGAGAGCGAUCCCGCACCCCCUCUCCUCCCCCCCUCUCCCCCAUACCCUCAGACAUGGACGGUAAGGAGGAAGACAAGCCUCCCUCUCUUCUGCAGCAGGAGGGGGAAAAAGAGGAGGAGGCUGGGUGUGGUGGGGCGGUGGGUGAGGACAGGGAGCAGCAGGACCUGGUGGAGCGUUUCAGUGACAAACUAAAGACAAUCAGACCCCAGGAGAAGGAUCCUCCACUCAGCUCUGCCUUAGCCAAUCACAACCUAGAGAAGGAUCCCCACCUGACGACCUCGGCCAAUCAGCACAUUGCAGAGUCCCAGGCCGACGCCCACCUGAGUGAGAUCAUCACCACCGUUCUGAACACGGGUGGCGGCAGCGACUACAGCCUAAACGACAUGUUGCAUCACCAUGACAACAACGAGAGCCAGCCACCUCGGACGCGUUCCCGGCGGCGACAGGAGGCCCUGGCUGCCAUGGCGACUUUGCCCGACCAGUCGUCCACCCGGCGCCAGACUUUGCUAAUCAAACGGGAGCUGGCCAGGCUGAACCAAUCGCUGGGCAGGAGGCUGUCGCUAGGGAAGAACAAGAGCCGCAGUGCCACGCCCUUUUCUACCUGCUCCUCACCUGAACCAACCCCUGUUACAUCAGAGAUAGACAGAAUCACAGAGGAGGAGGGUGAGACUGGUAGAGUGAAGGAGGGUGAGACUGGUAGAGUGAAGGAGGGUGAGACUGGUAGAGUGGAGGAGGGCGAGACCGGUAGAGUGAAGGAGGGAGAAACCGGUAGAGUGAAGGAGGGCGAGACCGGUAGAGUGAAGGAGGGCGCGACGGAGAAGGUGACAGCGGAGAAGGUGACAGCAGAGAAGGCAGGUCCAGUGAGAGUCACGAAGGAUAGAGUCGGCAUGAAGGAGGAGAUGGAGAAACCCCCAGUCCUCUCCUCUACACAACAGAGUCCCCCGCAGGAGGACCAACACAAACCAGAGAGCUGGAACAUCACCUGUCAGGAUAGCAGUAGGAGUGACCUCCCUGAGAAGAGGAGAGAGGAGGAGUCACCAGGUAGUACCAGCAGUGGUCUUCCUGAGAGGAGUAGAGAGGAAGAGGAGGAGUCACCAGGUAGUACCAGCAGUGGUCUUCCUGAGAGGAGUAGAGAGGAAGAGGAGGAGUCACCAGGUAGUACCAGCAGUGGUCUUCCUGAGAGGAGUAGAGAGGAAGAGGAGGAGUCACCAGGUAGUACCAGCAGUGGUCUUCCUGAGAGGAGUAGAGAGGAAGAGGAGAAGUCACCAGGUAGUACCAGCAGUGGUCUUCCUGAGAAGAGUAGAGAGGAAGAGGAGGAGACAGCAGGCAGCAGCAAGGACAGUAGCAGAGUGUCAGCCAGGAAUAGCCCUUCCCACCCCUGCAGAACCAGGAGAGGCAGCAGGUCCCAGCCAGGCUGCAGCAGCCAGGUGGUGGUGGGGAGGAGCAGCGAGGCUGGGAGGUCCAGGAGGAGCAUCGUCCCUCCCCAGCGGUUCUCCUCCUACAUCACAGAGCCCAGGAUGAUGUAUUCUGCUGCCUGUUUCUCAGAGAGGAUCUUCUCCGCCCAGAGGGCGCCAAAGGAUCGGCAACCACUCAAUGCCCCCAACACCAAUCGCACAGACUCCCCGUCCUCGGACACAGACACGGCUGAGGGGUUGGGCGAAGCAAGAGAAGAGGAAUUACCGCUGGCAUCCAGUCCUGAGGAUGUCAGUCAGGAGAGGAGGGGAGGCAGAGGCUGUAGAUCAACAGCAAGAGGUCAGAGUUCAGACCGUGAGUCACAGAGACGAGGUCAGGUGAUUCCCGUCACUGCUGCUUCCUCUGAGCAGCAGAGUCCCCCUAAACAGCGCUCCCAGAACAGGGCAGACGUUAGGCUCAGAGCAGCCAAACCUUUUGGGCGCUUACGCUCCUCCCACUCCGCCCAACAGUCCCAACCAGCGAGCCCUCAGACAGCCUCCAGGCCAGAGGUCCCCACUGGUCAGCCUCAGUACAUCAGCCCCAUCAAGCUGAUGUUUGUGUCUGCAGUAGUGGGUGAGGAGGGGGUGAGGUACACCCUGAAGGCGGCUGCACCAGGAUCCAGCUGGCAUGGACAGGAGACCUUUGACCCCUGUGAGGAGUCAUCGUGGGCUGGAAGUCCAGAGAAGACCCCAGAGAAGACUCACAAUCCACCGAAGACCAGGAGUCCACCGAAGACCAGGAGUCCCCUCCAGACCAGGAGUCCACCGAAGACCAGGAGUCCCCUCCAGACCAGGAGUCCACCCCAGACCAGGAGUCCACCCCAGACCAGGAGUCCCCUCCAGACCAGGAGUCCACCGAAGACCAGAAGUCCACCGAAGACCAGGAGUCCACCCCAGACCAGGAGUCCACCCCAGACCAGGAGUCCCCUCCAGACGAGGAGUCCACCCAAGAACACCAUAUCGUCAUCACCAAAGCUGUGUGGAACGACGAGAGGAGGAGAGGGGGGUAGCCCGCCAAAACGCUCUCCCGGGUCCCAGAACGGAGAAGGCUCGCCUCCUUUUCGUGAAACCACCCCCACAAAGCGACGUCCGGGACGUCCCAAGAAGCUGGGCCCCCAGCUGGAGAAGAGGGCCAAGAGGCCGAUCGGCCGCCCGCCCAAGCAAAGGGGUGUAGAGCUGAGCUGUGGCUCCAGGCAGGGUGGUCAGGAACAGUCCAGUGGAGUUCCUUUAGGCUGCAGCACCGGGGAGGAGGGCAACGAGGAGAGAGACCCAGCCAACAGGAACCUGAAGAUCACCGUGGUGUACGGACGCUCCCACAGGACCAAGAGGACAGUGUCGGAGGAGGCUGCUUGUCUCCAGGCUACAGAGCAGCUGAUGGAUCUGAACUUCGUCAGACCGGUGAAGGAGAAGAGGUUCGCUCCCCACGCCAGCAACAGCAGCAACAUUAUCAAGUGCCAGAAGCUGCAGUGUACCGCGGCCAUGCGUCGUCCAGGGAGACCCGCCAAGGUCAAGAUCUCCGGAAUCUCCAUUACCGUCACCACCACGUCGCCGGGGAAACGCAAGAUCCACAUGAACCGGGACAGGAAAUCUCCGGAGAAGCUCUGUCAGCGGAAAGCCCUCCUUCCUGAACCCCAGCCUUCCAAAGAGCCCAGGAAAAUCAGCAGCACGCCGACUAGCGAGGACGCCUCUCGGAUGCAGAUAGAGAGAACGACAGAGUCCAAGGAUGGAGCGAUGGAGCGACAGACCCAGACUCCGCCUGUGUUGGCAGUGCGUCACUCUGUGAGAGUGAGGAAGCCUUCAGUGUACCUGCUUCACUCUGUAGCCACCUCCACCUCUAGGUCCCUGAGCCACAGUACCGCCCUGCUGCGCCGAUCCAGACAGCUACUGAUCAACAGGGCCAGCAGCAAGGGCAGCCAUCGCAAGAGGAAGGAGGAGGGAGGAGAGGACACCCCAGGGCGGGAGGAGCUGCUGUCCGGGAGGGAGGAGAGUAGGAGCGAGGGAAGAGGAGGGGUGUUGUGUGAGGACCUGAGCCAGGUAGCGGGGGUUUCGGUAGACUCCAUUUUCCCGGCCAGCUCCAGCGAGGCGUUGAGGUGGUGGCCCGUCUCCUCCGACCAGGACAGCCUGAACCAAGAGCUGGCUCGCAGGAUCCGCCUCAUAUCCCAAAGCUGGGUCGCUGCUGCUACCACCCACACCACCAGGACGGGGACGAUCAUGUCCGCCAAGCAGAGACUCGACGACGACUCUUUGUCCUCCUGGAAGCCAGAGGUUGGGUCGGCAGUGCGGCUGCUGUUUGACCGGCGCUGCAGCGUGGAGAGGCUGGCCUCCUGGUUCAUGCAGACCACUGAGACUCAGUCUCUGGGCAUUGUGAAAAAGACCAGCUCCCGAAACCCCUAUGAGCUCCUGCACUACCCCCGGAACGCCAGCAGGGAGAGCGUCUUUCCCAGCCCGCAGACCAUGCGACUACGCAAACACAUCAAGAAGUUUGCCAAAGCUGUGCCGAAGAGCCCCGCCCAGCUCCGUCUGGCCCAGGAACGGCUCCGACGUGGAAGAGAGCUGAAUGCCAGGCGGCGUCUGUUCACUGCGAGGCCGGCGUCUGGCGGGCUGCGUCUCAGAGCUCCUUGGAGGAAGGUCAGGGCCCUCGGGACGUACAGAACCACUCUGCUCAGAGUCAGAGAAAAGUUCCUCACCUGGACCCUCAGAGCCAAGCAGCCCAACAGGCUGAUCUGGAGGAGAAGCCUGGUGGAGGAAGGCAACUCACCUCACCAGGUUUGGCCUUCUGCUCAGAUCAGGGAGGAGCUCACCAGGUCUCCACAUCACCACUGUCUACCUGCCUCCUCAGAGACCAGUCAUCCCUGCAGCCCCGACCAGCUGACAGGCCUCACCAAACAGCAGCGUCUCAGCUCUAAAGCCUGGAGUCCAGAGAGACUGAAGGAGUGUUGCGUGUUCCUCAAGAAGAUCAACUCUCCCGACACAGAGUCCACCGUUGAGAAGGAGUGGGACGUCUGCACCGUCAAUCUAGACGACACAUACUGCCCCGACGAGACCAGACAGGAGGAGAGGAGCGGAGAGGACGACAAAGCUGUGAAAACGGAGAGAAGGAAGAGGAGAGUUCCCUGGAAGGAGUCUAGCGGCUCGCCGCAGGAGGUGAUGGUUCAGGAGCACAACCAGGUCCGAGCCGGGAACAGGAGAGGCAAACAGAAAAAUUCAGGGAAGGCCACGAGCCAAUCACCGACCCCGCCGCCAGCGAAAGCCACGAGCCAAUCCCCGACCCAGCCGCCAGCGAAAGCCAUGAGCCAAUCACCGACCCCGCCGCCAGCGAAAGCCACGAGCCAAUCACCGACCAGGCCACCAGCGGAAGCCACGAGCCAAUCACCGACCCCGCCGCCAGCGAAAGCCACGAGCCAAUCACCGACCCCGCCGCCAACGAAAGUCAUGAGAAAAUCGCGUGGGAGGGGCCUGACCGGGCCGCGCUGGCGUGACUUUAUACUGGGAACCUGACUGUCCUCCGUCCCGUCCCCACGGUGACUGUGUUGUAACUGUAUUGGCGGGACGCUCCUCCCUCCGUCUCCACGGUGACUGCGUGUAAACAACUCGGUGCCUUCAGACUGCCCCUUGGCAUUAUGUAGCAGAAGGAAAGUUUAACCAGAAGAAGCUUACCAUUGCACUAUUUUUUAACUAUUCAGCCCCCACCCCCCCCCCACACACACACUGCUUUAAAAAAACCAAACUGUGUUUGUACAGAAUGUUUGUUUUUAAAACUUUGACACACCUUUCUUCUGCCUUGUCUGAUACAACUACCAACCCAUCAAGUUCUGUUGUAAUGAGCCUGGAGGUCCGUUUGGGAGAGUACAC